AUGGGCAAGGCGGUGACUAUUGGCACAGGUCUUUUCCUGUCGAUCGGAGGUUUCCUCUUUGGUUAUGAUAGUGGUAUUGUUACCUCCACAAUUGGGCAGCCAGAAUUCAUUUCAUACUUUGGAGAACUAGAUUCAUCGACCGAGGGCGGAGUGGUUUCUUCCUUCACUGGCGGUGCGAUCUUAGGAGCACUCACGAUCUCAUGGCUGGCAGAUGGUUUAGGAAGGAAGAAGACCAUUGCGCUCGGAGGUGCCAUAUCUGCCUUUGGGUGUGCACUUCAAGCUGGUGCUGCCAAUGUUGGCAUGCUUAUCGCAGGUCGUGCGAUUGCCGGUAUAGCUGUUGGUAUUCUCUCAGCUCUAGUUCCAAUGUACUGUUCGGAAAUUUCUGAAGCUUCAUAUCGUGGCGCUUUGAGUGGACUUUUACAAUUCAUGCUUUCAUGGGGAUAUUUCGCAGCUCAAUGGAUCGGAUACGGAUGCAACUAUACCACGUCUACCAUCGGAACUUGGUUUUUGCAAGAAUCUCCUCGAUGGUUGAUGGAGAAGGAUAGACAAGAAGAGGCGAGUGAGGCUCUUUACAAAUUACACGGCGAUGGUUCAAACGACGAGUACUUGGAACUGGAGUUUGCUGAAAUUCGAGACACAAUCAUUGCAGAAAAGACAGUAGCAGUUAAAUCAUGGUCCGGACUCGUCGCGAAAAAAUCAUGGAGACAUCGAAUCAUUCUGGGAUGUGGAAUCCAAGCAUGGGGUCAACUAUCAGGCAUUAACGUUAUCAACUACUACGGAGUCACCAUCUACAGUCUUUUGGGUAUUGACACUCGCACUUCCCUCAUGAUCAUCGGCAUCUCUGGCUCUCUUUCCAUUGUUUACUGUGCACUCGGUUUAUAUUUUUUGGAAAGACUUGAAAGAGUCAAACCAAUGGUUUUCUCGGCCACUGGUUGCGCAUUGGCUCUGUUGGUCAACACAGUUCUCAGUCAAUAUUAUGUUGUCGGCGGACAGCAAUCAACCAAUACCAAUGCAUUACGAGCAAUGGUGGCCAUGAACCUUGUCUUCUCAUUCUUCUAUACAUUCACUGGAAUUAUCAGUUGGGUCUACCCUGCCGAAAUUUUCCCCGUGGAAAUUCGAGCUCGUGGAAAUUCUAUCUCAACCCUGACAAAUUGGUGUCUUGGUCUUCUUCUGGGCCAAACUGGACCAUUAGCACUCGACAAUAUCGGAUUCAAAUUUUUCUACGUCUUUUUUGUAACCAAGGGCAAAACACUUGAGCAGAUGGACGAACUAUUUGGUGAUCAAUUGGUUCCUCAUGCCUUGGAGGAUCCCACUGGCGCAGAAGCUGCGAGAACUGCAAUGAACGAGAAAGGUGUUUUUACACAUGAUGAAAAUGUUUCGUGA